AUGACAGAAGAGGUCAGCGCUGCUUGCGUCGAGGCCGGUGCGCUUCCAACUCUCGUCGCCCUUCUACGCGACGGUAACGCCGAAACCAAGAUCAACGCCUGCAAAGCGAUUCGGAACAUACUUUUCGACAACGACAACGCGAAUGACUCCAUUGUGGCGCUCGGCGCGCUCGCGCCGAUUGCACUGGUGAACCUCACGGCGAAUAACGUCAACAUCAAAGCCGCCGUCGCGGCGGCGAGGGCCACGGCGGAGAUCGCCGCCCAUAAGACCCUCGCGCUCGAGCAGCGCAUCGUCGACCUCGAGCGCGCGCUCGAGGAGCGGACCGCGCGCGACGACCGCCUUCGGCUCAGCCGGGACGAGCUCCAGGCGCGGAUCGGCGAGUUCUCGCGCGUGUUGAACCGCCCCAACGCCCACGGCGUCCUGGCGCGCGCCGAGGCGGGCGCGGCGCUCUCCGAUCUCCGGGACGAGGCCGCGGAGCUCAAGGCGACGCUCGCGGACGCGACGAGCUGCGUCUACGAGAUCGAGCGCCUCGAGCGCAUCGCGCGGAACGCGCAGUUCAUGGCGUCGCUCGGGCUCGGCGACGCCCGGGACGCGUUCGCGGCGCCGUCGGGCCUCGGCGCCGCGACGUCGACGAAGAAGAAGGCCGGCCGCCGGAAGCCCAAGCCCUCCGCGCCCGCGGGGCCGCGGCGGAGCUCGCCGCGGCUCGCCGGCGGCGCCGCGCCCGGCGCGGCGGCGGCGCCUUCGUCCGCCGCCGCCGCGGACGAGGCCGAGGCCGAGGAGGCCCCCGCGGAGGCGUCGCGGCUCGCCGAGUACCUCGUGCCCGCGGGCGCCGCGGACGUGUCGCCCGGCGACGCGCGCGAACUCGAGGACCCGGGGCUGAAGCGCGUCUACUGCGUCGCCGCGCGCGGCGCGCUCGUCGCCGCCGUCGGCAAGGGCGGCCGCGUCGCCGUCUUCUGCCCGUCGGCCGGGGGCGAGCCGCUCGCGGCCUUCAAGGGCCACGGCGGCUGGGUCGGCGGCUGCGGCUUCGUCGGCGGCGACCGCCUGCUCACGGCCGCGAACGACGGCAAGCUCGUGCUCUGGGACUGCGCGGCGGCGCGCGGCGACCGGCUCCGCGACGCGGCGACGCUCGCGCCGGGCCGCUGCUGGUCCCUCGCCGUCUCGGACGACCGCGGCGCGCUCUGCGGCUUCCGCGACGGCACCGUCGGCGUCGUCGCGUGCGCGCCGGCCGCGCUGACGGAGACGGUGCGGAUCGACGUCGCCGACGGCGCCGUCAAGGGCGUCGCCUGGCGCGGCGACGGCACCUUCGCGACGGCGAGCGACGACGGCGACGUCGCGGGCUGGGACCCGCGCGCGGCGGCCGCCGCCGCGUGGCGCCUCGCGGGAGCGCACGCCGAGGCGACGUCCGCCGCGUUCCGCCCGGGCGACGACCACCACGUCCUCACGGCGGGCCGCGACGCGGCGGUCAAGCUCUGGGACCUGCGGGCGCCCGGUGCGCCCCUCCGGACCUUCGCGGGCCACCACCGGCCCGACGCGCGGCGCAAGGGCAUCUUCCACCCGCGCUGGGUCGGCGGCGGCGCCUUCGCCGUCGGCGGCGAGGGGUCCCAGCGCCUCGCCUUCUACGACGCGGCCCGCGGCGCCGCCUUCGCGAGCGUCAAAUGCGCCGGCGACGUCACGGCCGUCGCGCCGCUCCCCGGCGGCGAGUCGCUCGCCGUCGCCGACGACGCGUCCGGCGCGCUCGCGCUCGUCCCCGCGCCGCCGCGGCCCAGCGCGCCGUAA